CGUUCUUUCUGAUACAGCAGACUGCAAUUGUUCUGGUUCAGUUUGUGAGUGUGAUGGCGUCGAAGUUAGUUCAGUUGCAAUCCAGGGCUGUGCAGGCAUCGAACUUUGUGGCCAAGCAUGGUGGUGGCUACUACAAGCAGCUCUUGGAACAGAAUAAGCAAUACAUCCAGGAUCCACCAACUGUUGAGAAAUGUAGCCAUUUAGCGAAUCAGCUGCUUUAUACUCGUCUGGCCAGUAUUCCUGGGCGCUAUGAAGCAUUUUGGAAGGAGCUUGAUUAUGCCAAGAAUCUAUGGAAGAACAGGCAAGAGUUGAAGGUUGAGGAUGCUGGGGUUGCUGUUCUAUUUGGACUGGAAUGCUUUGCCUGGUUCUGUGCUGGUGAGAUCAUUGGUCGUGGGUUUACAUUCACUGGUUACCAUGUUUAAAAGUUCCUUUGAGGAAAAGUAAGCUGAGGAAAAGCUUCUGAAGCUCAACUAAUCAAGCUUUUACUCUUUUUUCUUUUUUUGUCAUAACAUACAAACGGUAUGCACUGCAGGAAAAUUAGGAACUUUGUCAAUUUACGUCUGUAGUCUUCUUUUUCUUUUCGCAAGGAUGAUGACUCCCAUAAUAAGAUUGGAUUUAGUGUUCGUUCUGGAUCUAAUGCAUUUUGGCAAUUUGAAGGUAUUUUUAC